AAAAAUAUGUGGAAACAUUGUACUAGCCGUCAGCCAAAUUGUGUCGGAUCGGAUUAUAACCAAGUUUUUGUAUUUCAGAUACUAAUUUUUAAUAAAUUUUACUAAAAACAUGGAUGAAGACAUGAUAUUUGAUCCAUCGUUGAAAAAGAAGAAGAAGAAAAAGACUGGUUUUGACAUGGACGCAGCGCUAGCAGGCGAAACAGGUGAGAGCACGAGCGUGGAGGCGCCCGCGGAGACAGGUGACGUCGACGUGCCCGAGGAUGAUAACCUCGACCUGGACAAUUUCGGCAAGAAAAAAAAGAAGAAAAAGAAGACUUUUUUUAAUUUAGAAGAAUUGGAAAAUACUUUACCGGAGACACCGCCUACGGAAGAGCCAGAGCAACAGGAGGAUGAAGCGGUGGAUGAUUUAGAUUUAAAUAUAGACUUUACAAAUGCGAGAAAGAAGAAGAAGAAGAAAAACAUCGAUGAGUUUGUAUUGGAGGAUGAUACAAAAGGAGAGGAUCAAGAGAAUGCUGAUGACCAGCACGGCGUAUGGGUCGGCAGCGACCGCGACUACACGUACGACGAGCUGCUCGAGCGUGUGUUCGACAUCAUGCGAGAGAAGAACCCGAGCAUGGUGUCUGAAAAGCAGAAGUUUAUCAUGAGACCUCCACAAGUUGUCAGAAUUGGUACAAAGAAGACAUCCUUUGCAAACUUUACAGAAAUUUGCAAAACAUUGCACAGACAGCCGAAACAUUUAUUAGACUUUUUACUGGCUGAGUUGGGUACUAGUGGUUCAGUUGACGGUAACAGCCAGCUUAUCAUUAAAGGUCGUUUCCAGCAGAAACAAAUAGAGAAUGUGCUGCGUCGGUAUAUCAAGGAAUAUGUGACUUGUCACACAUGUCGUUCUCCAGACACCAUUCUGCAGAAAGAUACCCGAUUAUUCUUCCUUCAGUGUGAAACUUGUGGGUCCCGUUGCUCUGUAGCCAGCAUCAAGUCCGGUUUCCAGGCCGUCACCGGUAAACGUGCUGCCAUCCGUGCAAAGAAUGUCUAGAGUAUUAGUGCUUAGUGAUAAAUUAAUUUUACAGUCAAAGAUCUGGGGUACAUGCUGUAACAUUCCUCCUUUCUUUUCUAUUUUAAUGAUAAAUUGAUUUCAUAACUUGAAGUAAAUAAUAAUUAUUAAUUUCUACUUAAAACACAACAGUAUUUAUAUAUAUUUUAUUUAUGAAAUUAAUUAAAAAAUUACCUUGGGAAGAAUUACUAUGGUUUAUAUCAAAGUGAAAUGAAAGUUAUAAUGCAAAUUGAAUUAAAAAAAUAGUGUAAUCAUAAACUGUCUUCAUACAUGUAUUUAUUGUGUCAAAUGCAUGGUCAUCAAUGGAAAUUUGUUCAUGAAUAGUUACAUUCAUGUACCCCAUUCUAACCCCUAUAUUUAUGUAUAGCUCACUCUAUUAUUCUCAUUGAUACACAAUGUUUUAUAAAUAA